CUUUGAUGAGAGUGUUGAAACCGCGCAACCAUUCGAGCGUCCCCGUCGACCCUUAUAUACCCGCGCAAGAUGUCUGACGUUAAGAUACAAGAUCUAUUGAACAAGCCUCGUAGCGAGCUCACUGAAUACGAAGUCUCUCUACUCGAAGAGCACGAGCUCACCACCGGCCCUCUCUCCAUCCUUCAGACUGCUACACGCUCUCACUCCCAAGUCCUCAUCUCUUGCCGAAAUAACCGGAAACUCCUCGCCAGAGUAAAGGCUUUUGACCGCCAUUGUAACAUGGUCCUCGAGAACGUCAAGGAGAUGUGGACGGAGAAGCCAAAGGGCGGCAAGGGCAAGGGUGUGAACAAGGAUAGAUUCGUUAGCAAGAUGUUCCUGAGAGGAGAUUCCGUCAUCCUGGUCCUUCUCAGCUGAGCGGGGUCAUCCCUUGUCUCACCACAAAUUCUAAACCUCCGUUUUCCCACCCAAACCCUUAUCCCCCGACCUCGUCGUACGCUUGCCAUGUCAUCUAUAGUGAUGCGUCUGCCUCCCUACUAUCACCCAAUUAUUUCAAACCACAUUACACGUCACGAUGUUAAGUUUCGAGCGGCUCUUGGAAGUGAAAUUUUCUCGGACUCGCUUCCUCUCUUCCUACGUUUCUCUUCCUGGGCUGGAUGGAAUAAGUAUAAUAGACAUCGGCGUCGCUGGCGUUGUUGAUCGCUUCUAUGCUUUUUGACUACAUAGGUCGAGGGCGAUCUAUCUGUCGAGUUUCAUUCAACCGCCAACAGAAGGGGAAAUCUUAGCUAAUCAUAUGCUUGAAUGGAAAUUUCGCUUUGAGAUGAGAGCUCUUGUCGAUUCAUCGAGGAAAAUCUUUUUGCUCCUGUUUGAGCGAUAUUCGUGUUGUCUGCUUAACAGUUGAAAAUUAUAUGCGCGAGCCAUCAAUAUUAUUAGCCAAUAUCCCAUCCGUGUUAUUCAAAUUCCAUCGGCCAAGCCAUUCAGGAAUUCACUCAGGCCAUAUGCCCCAGGCUUUCAUGCUCUUAGUGGACUCGGCACCCUCCUGCGCCGCACGUGCAGCGGCUUUAACAUCCCCAGAUUCAGUCAGUUUAUUAAUAAAAGCGCCCGUGACCAGACCUUGGCAGUGACCGAUAUUGAAUUAGAUGGAGAAUCUUGCUCGCGGAGGCCAUGCGCGAGGGCGUUAAGGAAAAUAGCGUAGAUGGCACCGCUCGUGCCGUCCAUGGUAGUUUCGACUAAGCUGAUGAUUCUGUUUAGGCUACGGAGAAUAUCGUCGUUUAAUGGGACGGAGGGAUUGUUCAAAAGGCUGACGAUAGCUUCUGCUCCGCGUUUUAGGCCGACACCACAGUCCCCAUCGCCCACGAUGGUGUCGUAGCGAGUUAGUGUGCUUUCUGCGGCGAUC